AGUGAAAAUACAGUGAAGGAAAAGAAAAUGGAGCUUCUGUUUUUAUUAGCCUUCGUGCUCCUAUUGCCUCAGAGCAAAGGGAACCCAUUAAGUGGAGACGAUGACGGCUACCAAAGAACGUUUGAAGACUUGAAGAGGGAAAUAGCUGGUUAUUCAGACAUUGCCAAGAAAAUUAUCGACCUCGCUGUUUACGGCAAGGCCCAGAAUAGAUCCUAUGAAAGGCUUGCGCUUUUUGUGGACACUAUUGGACCAAGAUUAAGUGGCUCAAAAAACCUAGACUUGGCUAUCAAGUACAUGUAUAAAGCCUUGAGUAUGGAUGGCCUGGAAAAUGUCCACUUGGAACCAGUGAAAAUCCCCCACUGGGAAAGGGGGAAAGAGGCAGCAAUGAUGGUGGAACCUCGCAAUCAUAGCAUUGCCAUUUUAGGGCUUGGUGGCAGCAUUGCAACUCCUCCUGAAGGCAUUACAGCGGAAGUCUUAGUGGUGACCUCCUUUGAUGAGCUACGCCAGAGAGCUCAAGAAGCGAAAGGCAAGAUCGUUGUUUACAACCAGCGUUAUGUCAGCUAUGGCGAAACAGUACAAUACAGGGGACGAGGAGCCGUGGAAGCUGCUAAAGUGGGAGCGAAGGCAUCUCUUAUCAAGACUAUUGCUCCAUUUUCUAUAAAUAGCCCACAUACUGGGAUGCAGUCAUAUCUGCCAGCUGUGCGCAAGAUUCCUACUGCAUGCAUUUCAGUUGAAGAUGCUGAACUGAUGGCGCGCAUCUCUUCCCGGGGCACCAAGAUUGUUUUGACCCUAAAGAUGGAAGCCAAGACCUACCCUGAUGCUGAUUCCUUUAAUACGGUUGCAGAAAUAGUUGGAAGCAAGUACCCAGAGCAGGUUGUGCUCAUCAGCGGACAUCUGGACAGCUGGGAUGUAGGGCAGGGAGCCAUGGAUGACGGCGGUGGAGCGUUCGUUUCAUGGGAAGCAUUAUCUCUCCUUAAGGAUCUUGGCCUCCGCCCUAAGAGAACUCUGCGCUUAGUUCUGUGGACUGGAGAGGAGCAAGGAGGAGUAGGAGCCGAACAGUACUACAAGAUGCACAAGGUAAACAUCUCUCAGUUCGACAUUGUGAUGGAAUCAGAUGAAGGAACCUUCAUUCCAACUGGUCUGGCUUUCACAGGCAGUGAUAAGGCUCGUAAUAUCAUGAAGGAAAUCAUGAAAUUGCUGCAGCCAAUCAACGCUACGGGUGUGUUUGAAGAGGGUGGAGGGACAGACAUUAAUUACUGGAUACAAGAUGGAAUACCAGGUGCCAGCUUGCGCGAUGAUAUCACAAGAUACUUCUGGUUUCAUCAUUCCCAAGGGGACACAAUGACAGUUCAGGAUCCAGCUCAAAUGAAUCUCUGUGCUGCUCUUUGGGCAGUCGUGUCCUACGUAGUUGCUGACAUGGAAGAGAGGGUGCCAGUUUAAUUUUGUUUUUGUAUUUUUAAUGGAACAAAAACAAACAUUAAUCUUAUCUAGUGUAUACCAG